CAUACACACAUACACACAUACAUACAUACAUACAUACAUACAUACAUACACACAUACAUACAUACAUACACACAUACAUACAUACAUACAUACAUACAUACACACAUACAUACAUACAUACAUACUUUAUUGCACAGCUCCCCCUUGGUGGCUCUUCCGCUAUACAUACAUAAAUAGGCCCUCGUUCUUUCUAACACCUCAAUGGUGCUGAACAGCAGCUGUGAGUCUUGGAAACAAACUGCUGAUCUGCUUUGAACUUCCUUAGUCAUGAAUACGAGGUGGCCUCCUUCGUGUCUCAGUUCUUUUUUUUCCCUUAGCUAACUGGACAGGACAGGGUCUGCUUUAUAUCCACUUCUCGCCCCUUCGUUAAAUUUUCCAAGCAGAAUUUCCUUAUUACCUUUUCUGUUAUUUAUAUCGAUUAAUAGUGAGCUCUUAAGGCCCAACCCGGUUGUCUUACGUUACAUAUUUCUCUGAAGCCACUGGACUGUUCAGCUGAUACAGUAAUUCUGCUUUUGCCUUGAGCGGUUGAUGAUGAUGACUUAUUGUUGGGAUUACUUGUCCUCCGACCAUCCAUUUCAAAUUUAUUAUAAAGUUUGUCAAGUGUUAUAAAGAGUGACAGCUUAUUUUACUACAAAGUGCGAUGGUCUGUUAUUAAAAAGUGCGACAAUUUUAUUACAAAGUGCGACGAUUUUUACGAGGUGCGACAGAACAACGUUAGAAUUUCUGAAAUUUGGAAUCAGUAAGCAUCCAGCCCACCGAGAUCGGAGGCGAGGGUACUGACUUCCUACAUGACUAUCGGGAGUUUUCUAUCCCUUUGAUAGGAAGGGGAUACACUACCAAACUACCAACUAACUCAACAACGCUGAAAGAAGAACACGUUCAAUGGAGCAGCAUGAGCAGCAUUUUGCAAGAGACCCUCAGAAUGUGAAAUCGUACAGUGACAUUAUCAUUGAGCAGGAGAAACGGGUCUUCACACAAAGAGUGACAGACCCCGAAACCACUGUAGGUACCUGCCACUAUCUCCCACACCAUGCCUUGUUUAAGGAAUCUGCAACUACCCCAAUACGCGUCGUGUAAGACUGCAGCCGUUGACAAUCCCAAGAACACCCUAGCCUUAAUGAUACUCUGUUACCAGGGCCACCUAUUCUUAAUGACUUAACUGCUAUCCUACCCCGAUUCCCCCGCCGUACGUUUGGUUUUGCAACUGAUACUGAGAAGGCUUUCUUAAACAUCAGUCUUGUUGAACAAGACAGGGAUGGUACACGCUUCUUCUGAUUGAGUUACCUCAGUGACCCUAACGGCCCCUUCCAAGUUUACCGCUUCAAGGUUAUCUUCAACCAUUGACCAUAGAUAACCAACAGGUCUAUCAGCACCAUUUCCAGGCUCACCUACGUCAAACACUACGUCCUGCGGUUUGUGCCCAAUACCAGAAAGCAGAACAAGAACAACCGGGAGCUCUGACAACACAGGAACUGGCUCAUGCCCAGAGAGAAUUUAUCAAGAAUCGUCAGCAAGUGAGUUACCACAAGGAGAUCUCCAGCAUGCUCUCCAAAUCUACGCCUAGAAAACCACUAGUUCGACAGCUACUCCUGUUCUUAGAUGAUACUGGUGUUAUCCGUUUCGGCAAGAGGGUUCUCAAUGCGCUAGUUUCCAAAUCUACCAAGUUCUUACUCCUCAGACAUCAGUGUCACGCAUGUUAAUCGAUUAUAUGCUUGCGCGAAUUUCACACUGAAUCUCGUACGUCUGAGAUACUGGAUUUCUGCUGGACGCCAGCAUGUCAAGAAAGCGAUCAAUCACGGCGUCACUUGCAAGACGAUUAUAGGAUAGCGUACAACACCCUGACCCAUCUCUUCUUCCAAAGAAAAGACUCACUCCAGAAGAACCAUUUACAGUCUCUGACGUAGACUUUACAAGAGCUUUAUACAUCCGCGAAGCUGUAGCCGAAACGAGAGAUUACAGCUACUUCUUUACACGUGCUACAACAAAAGUAUUCUACCUUGUAGUCGUUACAGAUUUUUCAGUACAAACCUUCGUUCUCGCGCAUCGAGGAUUUGCUGCCCGAAGGUCUGUCCCCCAACAAACGAUAUGUGAUAAUGCUUCUACGUACCUGUUAGCUGCUGAAGAGGUCACCGCACUGUUUCCAUCCCAAAUAUUAAAAGCGUCACUGAGCAAACAGGGUGUAGAUUGGCGCUUCAUGCCCAAAAGAGCGCCUUAGCAUGGAGGAUUCUGGGAAAGGUUAAUAGGUGUCACCCUCAGAGCUUUUCAGGGAUAAUUUACAACACUGGUUGGAGGACUGUGCUAGACUGCUUAACGUGCAGUUUACAAGUAAUGAAGGAAUGAGUAAUGAUGCCCCCAUACAUAAGUGUGAAAGUCAGAUAGACCACUACACGGGCACUACGUGCCCUACUCUUUUACGAAGAAGAGAAGGGUCCAACAGAUUUUUUACAUGUGCAAGGGCUUGUGAGACUGGGACUACAGUUUAUCGUCCUUAUCCGAGAAG